AAAAACAGUCACUCUAUUAUCCAUGGACUCUCCUUGCUCACAUGAAGGAUUUAGAGACAACUUUCUCCAUGCUCAUUGCUCAGUCAAUCACCUCACCCCCCUAAUCCAGCCAACCCACUUUAGCCCUGUCUCUUAAUUUCUUCUUUUUUAUUGUCUCUUUGAACUCUAAAAACCCUAAAAUUUCUUUUCCUCUGAAAUAAUGUCAAGCAACAAGAAAAAGCUGGUUCUGAACACAGUUUCAGUGAGCUUAGGCUGCAGCAGCAGUUGCUUGAAACCCAAGCUGACAAGCUUUUUCAAUCCAAAACCCAAACUGAAACUUAAAAUCAAACCAAAAUCUCAUUCUCUUUGCAACAAUUACUCUUCUUCAAGUUCAUCCACCAAGAAAACAACCCAUUGUUCCUUGUCUGAAAAUGAAACUGGUACCUCUUUUUCUCCAGGUACAGACACUGCUAUGUACUGGGACAUGGAUAUCGACACAGACGGUCCGGACAGUGCUAGCAAGUGUUCAAUGGCGACAGUACGAGGUUUUGGUCAUGUCGGAGGUGACAGCUUGGCGGUGGAGAAAGAUUCUGAUGAUCCUUAUUUGGAUUUCAGGCAGUCAAUGUUACAAAUGAUAUUGGAGAAAGAGAUAUAUUCUAAAGAUGAUUUAAAAGAGCUUCUCAAUUGUUUCCUGCAGUUGAAUUCGCCUUACCAUCAUGGGAUCAUUGUUAGAGCUUUCACCGAGAUCUGGAAUGGAGUAUUCUCCGUCAAGCCUGGUUCCGGCACCGGUACUUCGCCGGAGAUGCGUUUUGGGCUUAGGCCACGACAGUUCUAGGGAAAUAAGGUCCAAUGGGCUGAUAAAAUAAUAGUACAUUCUGACAGUUGGCUGAUGAACACUUGUUUAAGUUAUAUUUAAAGAAAUAUAUUUUCGAAUUUAAUGCAAUAGCAAGUUGGAGGAAACUUCUUUUUUUGUGUGUGCAUUAAAGGAAAAAAUAUAUAUUUCUUUAAAUAAAAAACUUUUUAAGAAGUGUAAAAUUAGAAUGUCUAAAUGACCCUCAAAAUAUUAUUACAAUAUGGGUCAUUUGUAAGCAUAUGGUAGCGUAGAAGUUAAUUAUGUUUUCAACUUUGGAAAUGGAAAGUGGUAAAAUUCUUACACUUAUUUCUAUUUCUUUCUGUUCUUGAAUUGUAGUGUGAUUUAUCACUGUGUUUAACACUUAUCAAUAAAAGACCUGUUUAAUA